AUGGCCUACAAGCGUCCCACGAUACCUACCAGCGAGGAUAUCACCAAGUCAGACACCUCUGUCGCCAGUACAUCAGCUCAGAAGGCAGACAGUUUUUGCACAAUGACACCAGGUCGCAACAUUGGAGCCCCAUGGUUCGGUCUCAACACGCCACUAUCUUCACAUCCCUCCCCCUCCCCUUCCAUUCGCAGCAGCUCGAGCGACUUGCCCAUCACCAGUCUCAAUGGCGAACAGCAGUGCAACACUGGCCAGCUGCGCAUCAUGGACAAUGAGCUCGUCCGUGCCCGUCAAAACGGCGAGAUGCCCCGCACUUCAGCCUCGCCGCUUGAUAAACAAGCCAUGAUUGAGGACUACGGCUACUUGACUCAACUCCGGGAGAUCCGAGGCGAUGUCACUGCUCCAGCACCCGAUACAUACAAGACACUCAAGGUUGAGAUCGCCAGGAGGAUCCAGGAGAGGGACUCCACCAGCAACGACGAGGGGAUGCGACAAGAAGCUGCCCGUCGUAUCAACAGCUACCUCAAGUCAAUCGAGAAAGAGAGGGACUUCUUUGAUGCAGCCACUGCCUCAACACCCAGGACCCCUUCUGCGUCUGGAAGCCAGUGCUCAAGGUCCUGCAAUUCCACUCGAUCAUCGCAGGUCGAUGGCGAGACCAUUGGCGAGGAAAUCUUCUCAAUUGUCGGGGAGGUUGCUGAUCAGACCAUUCAUGAUGCCACUGAGCCCCUGAAAAGGCAGGUCCAACAGCUUCAGCAGCUGGCUGUGGCACUGUACGGGAGGAACGAUACGUAUGGAACUCACAACGACACGCUCGGUACCCACAGCAAUGCGAUCGGUGUUCACACUGAUCAGUACAGCACCCAAAAUGACAUCCACAGCUUUCACAAUCUGCAUCUUGGACAGCUUGUGGGUGCCUCAUCGCAGAACCUGGCUCUGCUGGAAGGCAUCGUCACACAGAUUUCCGACCUGGCCAUGAACUUACCCACUGCCAUCGACCAAGUCGUUUCACAAGGUGUCUCUCAUCAUGUUAACCAACAUGUCGAGGUUGCCCUUGACAAAGUCAUGAACGCACAGCAGCAAGCCAUGAUGGCUCUUGUCGACAUUGACAACAAGCAGAAAUCAUCGAUUGACUACGACCUCCUUGCAUCGAAGAUUGCCGGUCAUAUCUCUGCUCAAAAAGCUCCGGAGAAGCCCAAACAGCAUGCCGAGCUUCGGCGUCGCCUGAGGAGAGUCUUCAACCGCUCUUGA